AUGGUAAUCCGACACCAAUCGGUCGAGUCCACCACUUCACGAUUCAGCAUUUUUUCGUUUGGUAUCGAUUUACCGAUAAGUUUAUGUGAUGAUUUAUUUUCAUCAGGCCGAGUGCACAGUGAGACAACGAGUGACGAUCAAUCGCACCCAGCAACGACAUCAUGGGAGCGAUCGGCAUCGGUAAGUGGAGCGAGAAGAACGAGAAAUGGAAGUGUUGUCUCGAUUGAACAAGAUUCGACUCUCCUUGAUGUUGAUGUACAAAGAAAGGCCCGGCUUGUUGAUGCUUUAAAGAAAGAGGUAAAAAACAUUAUGGAAGAAGCGGUCAGCAAAAGGAGUAUCGACUUGAGCUCUAAUUAUGUCAAUGCGCUUUGUGCAGCGGUGGAGGGAUGUCUAUUGGACGGAUUAAAGAAACGGAUGUUGGGAUUAUUGGGUGUGAGGACAACGUUCGCUUUACUUCAACAUACAGCAAAGAGUUUCCCACCAGCACUUGGCGUACUUCAAAAGCUUGCUGAAACCCCUAAAGAUAAUCCAUGGGUUCAAUGGUGUUGGAUUCGAGAAGCUUUACACAUGCGAGUUCUCUCUUCAAUCGUUCAUCAUAUUUCCACAUCUACAAACAUUCAUCGUUUAUAUGAGGCUCACGCUUUGAUGGUUGAUCGUUCAAAAGGUGGAAUGGUGGCCGCAUUAUUAUUGGGCCCUUGUGCCGUUUCUUUCAAGCGGAUGAGCCAUGAGGAGGCGGCUGAGGAAUUGGUGCGCCAGGCAUCGCUUGUACAACGAUCCAAUGGUGUUCGCCCACCACUUUCGAUAACUCGUCAGGGAUCAUCAAUUGUUUCUGUUUCCGAGCGAUCUUCGGUGAGCAAGGACUACAUUUACUCGCUACAUCACAAUUUCAAAUCAAGCCUUCUUUACGGAAAAAACAAUGUUUGUGUUGCCGAUUCACACCAAGAUGAGCCAACAAAGGGCUAUUUAUCAUUGCAUAAACAGACGCACACCGGUCUUCUCAUUCUCAAAUGGACACCAAAUCAAUUGAUGCAUGCUAACUCGCAACCGUGUUCGGCGAAUCGCGAAAACGAGCCACAGCCUUAUCUCUUCAAGCAAGCGAUUUCUAUUGAUAUCUCGCAAAUCAUCUACAUUCAUUUACACCAAAAAGAUGAACGAUCUCCAUCAGUGCUUAUCUUUGUUAAUGCAGAGGGUGUCCAAUCAGCGCCUUUACAAUUUCCAAUGGGUCAACACUCGUUAGUGUUUCUUUCAUCUCUCGAAUCGGGAUUAGCUCCAUGUCAUCGCCUUGAACCACCACUUUGGACAAGUCAUGGAAAAGAAAAAAUACUCCCGAAAAUACGACGAAAAACUUCAUCACAAGGCCCCGCACAAGAUUAUGUUUUUCGAAUCAUUCGCAUAUCUGGAUCCGAUGGACAAGUGGUUGAUACAGAGAAACAGAGUCCACCAAAUAGUCCAAUGCCGACUCAUUGUGUCUCACUUCCGAACUCUCCAAAUGUGAUCACUGGGGAGCAUGUGGAUUCACUCGUAAACUACCAAAUUGGUGAAGCGUGUCAGUCAAUGAAACAACAAAUUCUUGCAAGAGCAUUUUUUGGAUGGCUUUCUUAUGUGCGACAUUUGCGAACAGUUCGCUCACAUUUGAUGUAUCUUGUAGAAAGAAAAGAGUUGCAAGAUCGUGGUAAAGGACCAAUCAAUGAAAGCUUUUGGGAUCAAUGCCGACAAGAAAAAACGAGAGAACUUGAAGACGAGUUUCUUCAAAGGGUUUACUGGAGUGGAAUUGAAGGCGAAUCUCCAAAAGAGCUUCGAAGACGAUGUUGGCCAUAUCUGAUCGGCCUUUUUUCAUGGGAUGAAGAAAUGGAACCAAAAACAACAAAUUUCACAGAGAAAUAUCGACAAGAUGUCGAAAAGUGGAGAUUGUGGGAAGCAGAAGUGCGACGGUUGGAUGAAGAAGCAUUCAAUUCGGCACGAGAACGUCGUGUAUCUGUGCGAGAGGCUUCAAUCACGAGUGAUGUAUUCGAAGAAGAGAAUGACUCGGCAUUUCGUCCACAAUCUUCACAAGAUGAAGAGAGACUCUUUCAUCUUUUUUUGACUAAUCUUCAUCGAAUUGAAAAAGAUGUGGAAAGAUGUGAUCGAAAUUUGAUUUUCUUCCAAAAUAAGGAGAAUUUGGAGAGUUUGAGGCGAAUCAUGUGCACAUAUAUAACAAGAAACCUUGAGGAAGGAUAUGUACAAGGAAUGUGUGACAUUCUUGCUCCACUUCUUGUCGUUUUUGAAGAUGAAGCGCUGACUCUUGAAUGCUUUUCCUUGUUGAUGAUGCGAAUGAGAGAGAAUUUCCCGCAGAGAAAUGGAAUGGACGAGAAUCUCAGCAAUCUUCGAUCAUUGAUUCAAGUUGUCGAUCCGCAAGUUUUUUCGAUUUUUACUUUAUCCUCCGAUUUCACCCAUCUCUAUUUCUCCUAUCGAUGGUUUUUACUCGAUUUUAAGCGAGAGUUAUCUUAUGAGGGAACACAUCGCGUUUGGGAAACGAUUUGGGCGAGUGGCCGAACUGUCAGCCCACAUUUUCAACUUUUCUUUGCUUUGGCUUUGGUGACAAAUUAUCGUGAAGUGAUCAUUGAUAACAAUAUGGAUUUCACUGAUCUCAUCAAAUUCUUUAAUGAAAUGGCGGAAAGACAUGACACACAGAGAAUCCUAGAAGGAGCAAGGAGUCAUCUCACAGCUCUUCAACAACUUGUCCUCAAUCUUCCU